CGACCCCCUUUUGUCACGAACCCACUUUACCUUCUUCCUCAACAUAUAAUGGAUCACUCAAGAGAUCCCUGCCCCUGGGUCGCGCUGAGCGACUUUGGCGGUGCCUUCUGCAUGGGUGCUAUCGGUGGUGCUGUCUGGCACGGUGUCAAAGGUUUCCGCAACAGCCCCUACGGUGAGCGCCGGAUAGGUGCUCUCACUGCCAUCAAGGCCCGCGCUCCCGUUCUCGGUGGAAACUUCGGUGUUUGGGGUGGCAUGUUCUCGACCUUCGACUGUGCCGUCAAGGGAAUCCGCAAGAAGGAGGACCCUUACAAUGCUAUUAUUGCCGGUUUCUUCACUGGUGGUGCUCUCGCUGUCCGUGGUGGUGUCAAGGCCGCCCGUAACUCUGCCAUUAUGUGUGCCGUCUUCCUUGCAGUUAUUGAGGGUGUCGGUAUCGGCUUCCAGCGUAUGAUGGCCGACAACACCAAGCUUGAGCUCCCUCCCCCUCCUCCGUCGGAGCAGAAGGCUCUUGCUUAAAUUUCCUCCUACCAAAUAUUUCCGCGAUCGAUUCAUCUCCUCGGUGGCCGACCGCCCACCUCAAAUCUGUCUUCAUAACACAUCCCCACAUUGAGUCUCUCUUCUCAGGUGUUCGGUUUGGGUCCUCAUUCUUAAACGACAUGGCAUAGAGGGUCUUGUUUUUUUUUUUGCGCACGCUUUUGAUACCGCCUCCCACGGGCUUUUGUUUCGGAGCAUUGUAUUUUUGUGAAGACGGCGGGUUCAUUCUAUGGCUGGUUUCCAUAACCGGCAUGUUUCUUUUUCGUGGCCAGGUGGCCCGAAAGAAAUUCUCUGCUCAUUCUGCAAAAAAAAGCGUUCGGAAAGAGACGUGGUGGACUAUUGUACAUUAACGCAUGGCUAGCAGGCAUAAUACGCAUUUAUCUUGCACAUAUUUUCAA